AUGGAAAGGCCGCGAUCGGUCUCGUCGAGCGGCGUACCGCUCCCCCGCCACCAUCGCGCGUCCCACUACACCCCGGGCCACGCCGGCUUUCUCCGCGACGCGGCGGCGGCGGUGGCCGCCGAACAGCGGGACUACGGUGGCCGCCCGAGCGCGCCCGGGGGUCCCGUAGAGUUACAGGAUCAAUACCCCCACCGCAAGUCUCGGCCGCAGCACCCUUCGGACAUGGUCGGACGAAUAGGAGGCCAGGAGAGUUCCAUGAGGCAGCAGCUUCAGGACCACGACCAUUAUCACGGCAGCGGCAGCGGGCAUGUUCGGCCGUAUAGCGCGGGCGCCGGUGGCGGCGGCGGCAACUACGGCAUCGUCCGCCGCGAUAUGCCGACGAGGAGUGCCUCUUGCCGCCCGUACAGCGAGCACCAGCACCCCGCAGCGGCAUUGCCGCCAUCGUCUUGGGAUUGCCUAGGGUCUGGGGAAGGGGUCGCCGCCGGCACAGGUGAUGGCGAGGCCUACUUGGAUUGGUCUGGCUCCACGGUGCCCCCGCCUUCCGGGCGGAGAGAGCUUCGUAGGUGGUCCCUCCAGCAGCAGCAGCAAGGGCAGCAAAGGCAGCAGCAGCGUUGGGAGCAACAAGACGCCCUUGACCGCGCGACCGGUGCUUUUGCGACAGCAGCCUGGCCAAAGGACCCGGCACGCCUUCCCCAGGAAGGUUGGGUCGAAGACAACGACAUCGGCACCAGAAACAACCAUGACGCCGCCGCUGGGUUCUCCGCUUGGGAUCCGGGGUUCGGGGACGAGCAGCUGGGGCGGCGGCUGCAGCAGUCGCCGCCGGCACGGUUCCGGAACGGCGUGGCGGCGGUGGCGGCCUCCACCACGGCCCUUGACACGCACCCUCGCCGCCACUCCGUCACGGAAGGGUUGGUCGGCAAUAAGACCAUCCGGGCGGAGGUGGCCGGUUGUGGCGGGGUUGGCAGCGGUGGCCGGGCUCGAGCGGUGGUGGGAGGAGCGUUCCCAACCGACAAGGAUAACGGUGGCAGCUGUCCGCCCGGGUUCUCGGCCGGGUUGACCCGCGGCUACAGCAACGGUAGCAAUGGGCGUCGCUUGAGCGAAACCGGCAACGACAUGUCGCAACAGCCCCAGGGAGAAGAGAGAGGCGUGGAGGUUGACUUUGGAAGUCUUUCCAUGUCCGCCCACCCUCGCGGUGGCCGCGCUUGGGGCGGCGCGUCGUCGCUCAUGCCUGAAGGCGGCACCGCUCCCACCGACGAUGAUAUCGUCGGAGGCCUCUGGGAGGGCAUCGGGGCAGGAGGACUGGACAGCCAGGAGCGGUCAUUAUCGUGGCCGAACCCCGCUUUUUUCUCCCGGUUCGGGAGGUCGCAGCCCGUGGGGUACGUAAAAACCCCACGGAGCGAUGAUUUGGGGGGGGGGGGGGAGGGGGUCGUGGCUGGGCUUGGCUAA